ACAGUCAUAAGAGUUAUUUCCCUUCUACCGGUUUAUCGACGAAACGUCUCUGACGCAGGGUCAAAGCGAAUGGAGUAACCAGGUUAUAUCAGAUCAGCGAUGGGGUCCCGUACAGCAUCGGCAUUGAAUCGUGGGUUCCCGAGGAUUGCUCGACAACUGAACUACCAGCGUGAAUUCCUUUCACCUACCUCUGUUCGGGUCAACAUUCCCGGGGGUCUGCCGUACGAGGCAUUUGAGGCAAAAGGGGCAAAAGUAACGCUGUGGAACCUACUUCAACUGUUUGAGUCAACGCGUGCCUUUGCAUUUUGGCCCAUCCCUGAUGCCGAGCGACCGGACAGUUCGUUCGCCGACUUCAAGAAAGUGCUUAUGAAUAAUUUUUUCUUCAUAGCCACAGCAAAGCUUUCCAUUGAACGACAGUUGUACGACGAGUUUUUGCCCAAAUUUCCUUUGUCUGUAAACAUUAAACUUGACUACGUAGGGCGUUCUUCCUUCCUGUUAACAAGCACGUUAUCGCACGCAAAUACAAGCCCCUACGCUGAGUGCAAAGUACAAUCCGUCUUGGUUGACUCCGAAACGAGAAAGCCUACGUCAUUUCCAGAUUGGUGGCGACAGAAAUAUGGAAACGAAGCUUCAAUUGAUGGAAGUGCGUUGAUAAUGAAAGAUUUACCUGAUGUAGACGUCAACCAAUGCUAUCAACAUGACGUCAUUGUAUACCCACGUGACUCUGACGCAUAUUUACACACAAACUGGGCACAAUAUGCUCGAUACUGCUCGGAUGCCUGCAGUUUUGGGGUGUUGCGAAAUAAAUAUAAAACCAUCACGGAAAAAUCUCUGCAAAAUGGAGUAAAGGAACUUGAGAUGUCUUUCCGUAAGGAAUCGAGUGUCGGUGACACUCUAAAUAUAGUAUCUUGGGAAACUGGAGAUGGUCUUAACUUUCGGGUUUUGAAAGACAGUCACACCUGCGUCCAGACGACAAUGGGAUUUUUUCCAGACAUUUCUUCAACUUCUUAAAAAGUAAUGACGAUGUUCAUGUAAUACAAAUAUUCAAGGGGUCCAUCAUGUUUUGAAGUAUUCCAAAUUGCCAUAGAGGCUGAUUUAUGCAGUACUACAUUACAUGGAUGUUAAUAUUAUAAACAAAUGUAUUAUUAAAAUCAGAAGAAUUUUAAGAUGAAAUUGUCACGGAUUAAAAAGAUCAACAUAAUUCAAAAUCUGUAUGUGAAAUAAAUCUGUUUAGAUAAGAAUGUUAUGUA